GCUGCCACUGACCCCCUUCUCCGACCUCACUGACCUCACUGACGGACGGACACCACUGCCAUUACGACUGGUUGCUGCCCCGUUUUCGACUGGUCUGAUUUGGGUUUGAAGUUUGGACUCUAGCGUGUUUUAUCGCGAUCAUCAUCAUCAUCAUGGCUGCUCCUCAAGCUCAAAGCCCCACCAUGGCUCCUUCGGACAUCACCGGCACCCUUGCCGCUUUCCGCCGCAACAUUGACAACGAUGCCCGUCGCCGUCAAGCCCCCACUCGCCUUCCCAUCCGCUACGAUGACGACGAUUACCUGCUUCGCUUCCUUCGCGUCGCCAAGUACGACCUCACCAAGGCCUCGGAGCGUCUCUUCAACCUCGAGGCCUGGGAAGAUGAGCACCUCGGCUCGGACCAUCACCCCAUGACCGCCGUCCGCUUCCUGGACGUCCUGGGCAGCGGCAUGCUGACCCCCCUCCCCGCCCCUGGACCCCUCGGCCACACCGUUCUCUUCAGCGACUACUCCAAGUUCAACUUCAACGCCUUCCGCAAGGAGCACAUUGUUCAGGCCCUUUACUACCUCUUUGAACAGCUUCUCCAGCGCCGUGGGGCCCAGCUCGCCGGCACUGGUGUCGCUGUCAUUGCCGACGCCACCAACUUUGGCUGGUCCGACCUCACCUCGGAAGUCCAGCACGACGUCAUUCGCUUCCUCCAGGAUCGCCUCCCCGUUCGUGUCGGUACCAUCGCCCUCUGCCACCACUCUGCGGUCAUGUCCAUGGUCUGGGGCAUCGUGCGCCCCUUUGUCAACGCCAAGUUGCGCGAGCGCGUGCAGCUGGUGGGUUCCAAGGGCGAUGGCCUCGAAACCUUUUUCGGCCCGACCCAGAUUCCCGCCUCCCUGGGUGGCACCCUGGACCCCAAGGGUGUGAGCGAAGACUUUAACCUCCUCCGCGAGUUCGUCGACGAGGAGACUGAGGAAAUCGAGCUCAGCGGCGCCGUUGGCCCCGGCGACUUUGGUGUUGAGGGCAUGACCGUCGGCCCCUUCACCUUUGCCCGCGACGUCAUCUCCAACACCCCCGCCCACCAGAUUGGCAUUCAACAGUUUGACAUCAUCCUCACCGUCAACGGCAAGCCCGUGACUUCCGCUGGCAACUUGGUCGUCACCCCCGAUGUCACCCACCUCUCCUGCCGCGUCAAGCGCACCGUCCAAGAUGUCUGGAACCGCAAAUUGACGGACCUGGCUGCCGCCCAAGCCGAGCGCCUCAAACAGCUCUCCCUCGAGACCUCGCGCAACAACAAUUCUGCCCCCCAAGAGUCGUAAAGUCUCCUUUAUGUGAUGCGAUGCGCACAUGUUCUUCUUCCCCUGCGCUCUUUUGACCAAGUCUAGAGCUGACAGGCCAUGUGUGAGCAGUGCGACAUUAAGUAAUGCAAUGGUCUUAAUAAGAACAAAAAAAAAAAGCAAAUACAAACAACAGUCCUGUGGCUGUGCCGCAGGCCAUGCACCAUGUUUUUUGCACUGGUGCUUCUGCCAAUUGAUUAGCUCUUUUUA